UAUAAAAAUGCCACAUUUCGUAAGCACUAAAGACGAAAUUAUGCAGGAUAUGAACGAUAUCGCUUCUGAUUUUGCAUGCCUUAAAGUAUCUGCUUUGAAAAAAGCUUCUCGUAUAAAAGGUAUAGUGGAUAGAGUUACAAUUGGUCCUGAUUCAACAGUGAGUGAAAAUGAAAGUGAAAAAUUAGACAACAUAGAAAAUCAACAGAAUUCCUGUAAUAUUGCAGUUUCACAAAAAUCUGUUCGCUCACAGAAUAAGAUCUCUAUGCAGAGUGGUAUCACAUUUUCAGUUAAAAAAAUUCUCUUAGAAAGUGAAAAUCAAAGAAAGGAGGAAGUACAGAAAGAAAUUGAUCGUCAUUGGCAACACAUGAAAGAAAAUGGGAAAGCUAUACAAGAGCACAUAGCAAUAUCCCUUUCGCAUAUGGCUGAAGAACGUGAACGCAGAAAUAAGGAGAAUUAUGCCUACAUACUAGCAGAAGAAAGAAUAGCAGAACAAGAAGAAAUACGCAGAAGACAUGAACGCCAAAAAGAAGUUGAGGAGUACAGAAAAAAAAUGAAAGAAAAAGAAGAAUUGAUGAAAAAAAUAAUGAAUAUGAAAAAUGUAUAUGGUGUGAAAUAUCAUGAUAUUGUAAUACUUUCUGAAAAUUGUAAAGAUCAAAAUUCUGUUGCUAUAAUAUUAUUAUCUUAUGCUGCAACAUUAGAAGAGUUACACCACCAAAUAAAGUUAAUAGAUGAAAAAAUUAAGACAGGGGAAGUAACAUCUAGUGAUUUGAAUAAUAUGGAAAAAAUGGUUCUUCAAAUUGAUGAGAUACUGUGCAUGUUUAAAUUAGAAGUAGAUAAAAUAAAUGAUCAAGAAAAUGUAGUGCAUACUCAUGUGCAAUCUACAGAUCUGCCAAAACAAAAGCUCAAAGACACUGAAAUAGUUUGUGAGACAGUUACUUCAGAACAAAUAAGUACCAAUGAUACACAAAAUAACGAUAUACAAAAAGAUGGAAAAAUGAAAAAAGAAAAAGAAGUAACAGAGAAUAUAAAUUCUACAAAUAUUUCACAAGUAACUGUUCCAGUUUUAAAUAUAGAAGAAAAUAAGUCACCAACUGAACCGGAUGAAAGCCAUCUGUACGAAUAUGUUGAUAAAGAAUCUUUACAAAUAUACAUGAACAGUCAAAAAUUUUUAGAAAGUUACGAAAAUUCUUUACAUGAAUUUUUACAAUCUACAGCUACAAAAAUAUUUAGAUUUGAAUGUCAAAAAGCUAUAAAUAUACCUAUAAAUGCAAUUUCUGGCAUAAACGAGCAACAUCUGAGAGAUAAAUAUGAAAGGUUACAUAAUCUUCUUAUAGGAAAGUCUACACCUAAUGUUAUUCAACAUCCACAAGGGGCAGACUUUUGUAAAAAUAUUUUAGCUAAAAAGAUAGUUAACCAAGGUGAAACACUUGUUUCAAGUAAACCAAAGAUGGCAUUUCCAAUUGCUGCUGUAAUAGUAGCUCUUUGGAAUGAUCAUUCCGAUUUUGGUGAUUUACUGUUGUCACAUUUUCACAAAGUUUGUCCAUUUACGGUUCCUGUCUUUAUGCCGAAAAUAGUAGGACAAUCGAAUGAAGAUUAUUACAAAUUAAUGGGUUACAAAUACUCUGAAGAUGGUACAGCUGAGAAACAUGAUAAAUUUUUAAAAAGAAUGUCUGGUUUAAUGAGAUUGUAUGCUUCCAUUACUAUCACGUCACAAAGAAAAGGAAUUACUAAAACAAAUCCACAUGGCCUUCAGAAUGCAUGGCGAUGGUUGGCUGCUGUUUUAAAUAUUGAACCGCGCAAAACAGUAUCAGAUCUUUGUGCAACUCUUUUAUUGGAUAUGCUUGAAGUUGCUGGAAAUGCAUUAUGGAUUGCUUAUCCAAAACAAUUCCGUAAAUUGUUGGUUUUGUUAUCAGAAGAAUAUUAUCCAUGUAUGCAAAGUGUAGGAUGUAUUGGCAGUGGUCCAUUAGUACGACUUGAAGAGUUUUUGAGGAGCAGUUUAGCAAAAGGUUUUAUACCAUCACCCGAUGGCCAACUUCCUCCAAAUUUUUGGUGA